GGGUAUAUCCUUCCUACAUUCACCACACAAAGUGUGACAAGUAGUAGUCACACACAUCCCGUCUGAGACAGUGUAUACCACCCUUUCUGAGGAAAACUGGAACCUUGUAACUCGGUUCGGAACCUAUCAAAUGAAAAUCGACAGUCUUAGUACCCCAGGCCAUUCGACCAUUGAUGACGAGUCAUUCAUACCCCAUCUCCUCACGUUCCAACGACAAUACUUUUCCCUUUAUCCCCCAUACCUCUUAACUUUCCCAGAUUCCUUCUUGUUGGCUUCGCCCCUGGGACAGGACUUUCUACUUCGCUGUAUAUUAGGCGAAAAUGUAGAGGCGGACGAACCGGAUUUAGAUCAGCCGAUACAACGAGAAAGAUGGGUGAAAUUGUAUCAACCGGAGAAGACAUAUCAAACUAAAGUCUGGAAAAAGAUCAUGGCCUCUCUGGAAGCCGGCAUCAAGUCUGUCGAACGAUUAGACAACAGCGAGUGGGCGAUAGAUGAUAGGUUUUACGACCACAUGGUAACAUUGAUGGUUUCUUCAAAUCCUAUUCCACUCGAUAAUGGACCUCAAACUUCUUAUCGCACUUUUCUAUACGAUAUGCCAGACGCUACUUUUCAUGGAACAUUUGGCCAUGAUAAACCCCAAAACGAUGCCCGUAUCACCCUUCUGGAAGAACAGAUUGCAAUUCAAGGAGGCACGACUGGUUUGAGAACAUGGACAGCAGCUCUACAUUUGGGACACCAUAUUCUCAAUCACUUUUCGACACUCUUCUCCUUACCUCGUGACCCAGAUCGUGGCUUUAUAGAACUUGGUGCUGGUACAGGAUUUGUAUCAAUCCUCUUAGCUCAGAUGGGAUUCAAAGUUGUGGCCACAGAUCUGGAAAGUCCAGCAAAUCAAACGGGCGAACAAUCAGAAAAUGGCAAUUCAGUGAUAACCCCCUUGGGGCGCUUACAAUCGAACAUAGAACUGAAUCAGUAUGAUGUAAAACCUCAAUCGCUCCACUUAAACUGGUAUGAUGCGCGCAGACCACGCGAUACGGACCCUUCCCUUGAGGCAUGGAGUAAAAUUCAAGAGUUGCAUUGGGAUAUCGUGGCAGCUGACGUGAUAUACGAUCCGGACCUUGUCCGUCCUUUGGUAGACACUAUCGACGUUCUCCUGGGCAAUCAUGAUGGGCCAGAGAAGCUUAGAGCAGUAAUUUCAGCCACAAUACGUAAUCAGGAGACAUUUGAUUUGUUCCUCGAGACAUGUGACAAACACAAUCUCAGAGUCGACAUCCUGAGCCUGCCAACCAUGUCCGCGCAGGCAUCAACGUUCUGGGACUCGGCUCUUGACGCAGGUACCCGAGUAUUAAUCAUGCGUAUUACUAAACACCCCAUAACGUCGCGAGGUAAUAUUAUUAGUCGCCAGUCGUACGAUUUUUGAAGGUAUAUGAAGCGCUUCCAGAUGAACAUGAUGUCAGACAGUUAGAUAAUGUAGCUCAGACG